AUGAACCGCAUCCGGAGAUGGCUUCGGCCUGACCCUCAAUCCAGCUACCAGCCUGUGGAAGUUGCCGGUGAGGCGGAUGAUUUCGAGAAUCGGUCGCUUCUUUCACAAAGCAGUCAUGUUCCGCCAUUUUCCAGGGUUGAAUAUGGGAUUUUCUUUCUCUUGGGUGUGUCAAUGUUAUGGGCUUGGAACAUGUUCCUGGCUGCAGCGCCCUACUUCCGGCAUCGAUUACAGUCCGACGACUGGGCUGCAACCCAUUACCAGCCUGCUAUUCUGUCCGUCUCGACAGUGACAAAUUUGGUAACGGCUUUCAUUCUCGCGAAGGUGCAGAAAGGCGCUUCCUAUCCCAGACGAAUUGUCUUGUCGCUGCUUAUCAACCUUACCGUUUUCACUAUCUUGGCCUUUUCCACAAUCCUUAUGGAAGAUGUCGCCGUGGGGACGUAUUUCAAUUUCUUGAUGAUCACGGUGUUUGGUGCUAGCUUGGCGACGGGAAUUAACCAGAAUGGGAUGUUUGCGUAUGUCUCAGGUUUCGGAAGGGAAGAAUAUACCCAGGCAAUCAUGGCCGGGCAAGGCGUGGCAGGUGUCUUGCCCAGUAUCGUGCAGAUUCUGACACAACUGGUCACGCCGGGGCCCAGCGGAGAUUUAGAAGCGCCGCAGGGAUCGGCCAAGUCGGCCUUUAUCUAUUUCAUCACCGCGACACUGGUGUCUUCGUCCUCGUUACUUGCCUUUCUUUAUCUCGUGAAACAGAGUUCAGGAAGGGCAUCCGUGCUGCCGGCCAAUGAUGACGAAUUGAUUUUGUCAGAGCAUGUUGAUCGCAAGACUGUGGGUCUUUGGGAUCUUUUCAAGAAGCUCCGUUGGAACGCCCUGGCCGUCUUCUUGGUAUACAUGAUCACAAUGAUGGCCCCUGUGUAUACGGUAAUGAUUGAGUCGGUCCAUAAUGAUGCUGGCCGCUCUCGGCUCCUUGAGCCAUCAGUGUUCAUUCCAUUGGCGUUUCUAAUUUGGAACUCAGGAGACCUGAUUGGCAGGAUGAUAGUUCUUGUUCCACAUCUAUCUCUGGCACAUCAUCCCUUGACACUGUUCAUUUCUGCAGCUUGUCGCUUGGGAUUUAUUCCUUUAUAUCUGCUCUGCAACAUUCAUGGCCGAGGAGCUGUCGUGCAGAGUGACUUUUUCUAUCUUUUCAUUGUUCAACUGCUCUUUGGUAUUACUAAUGGUUACUUGGGAAGUAACUGUAUGAUGGGAACGAACUAUUGGAUCUUGCCGGAGGAACGAGAACCUGCCGGUGGUUUUAUGAGCAUGAUGCUUGUCGGAGGCUUGACUGCUGGGAGUCUGUUGAGUUUCCUCGCUGCUGGUUGA